AUGGUUAUGGCUUGGUUAUUACAAUUUGUUUCUCGUGAAAUUGCAGCUAGCAUUAUGUUUCAAGAUUCGGCCACUGCUAUGUGGAAUGAUCUCCAUGAACGGUUCAAUCAAGGCAAUGGCCCGCGAAUAUUUCAGCUUCAAACUGCGGUUCACACAAUCAAACAAGGUGACUCUGAUAUAAAUUCCUAUUUUACCCGUCUCAAAGCUAUUUGGGAUGAGCUCAAAGAAUUUCAGCCGAUUGUUCCCUGUUCAUGUUGCUGCAAAUGUGGUGUUAUUGAGAGGCUUCUUGGAUAUUAUCACAGAGAUCAGAUUAUGCAGUUUGUUGCUGGUCUCAAUGACUCUUAUUCGGCAGUGAGGGCUCAAAUUCUCCUCUAUGAUCCUCUUCCUUCCCUAUCCAAGGUUUUCUCCAUGGUGUCUCAAGAAGAGAGACAAAGAAGUCUUGGUCACAUCGCUCCGUUCAUUGCUGCUGCUGCGGUUUCGACCCAUUCAACCAAGCCCCCUCCAUCAAGAUCAAAGAAACUAAGACCCACUUGCUCUCAUUGUCUCAAACCGGGUUACUUGGUGGACAAAUGUUUUUUUCUUCAUGGAUUUCCUCCUGGGUAUGGUGACAAGCGUCGUCCAGAUGGUGCUCUCAAAUCCUCUGUUCAUCAAGCUUCCGCAUCUCCUGUCUCUACUUCGAUUUUAGGAAAGCUGCCUAUGUUGUCCCAAUCUAAGCUCAGUCAACAGCUUAUCUCCCUUCUAAGUCAGAAUCUCCAGCACACCUCGGCUGCCACUGACACCAACCUGCCGAUUGCCUCACAAGUUUCUGGUAAUCUUGUUGACUUCCCCUCUUAUUUGUGGAUAGUUGAUAGUGGAGCUUCUCACCAUGUGUGUUACUCCCUUAACUGCUUUAAAACUAUUGAUAAACACCCUAUUGCUACCUUAGUCACUUUACCCAAUGGGCAUAAUAUUCAUAUUUCUUAUUCUGGCUCUUUUCAACUAUCUAGUUAUAUUACCUUGACUGAUGUUUUAUUCAUACCAGAAUUUCAGCAUAAUCUUUUCUCGGUAAAUGCUUUUCUACAAAACAGCCCUAACUCUUUAAUUUUUUCUGCUUCUGAAUGCUUUAUUCAGGCAUCCACUCGGACUUCCAAGAUUGGGAUUGCUAAGAAAAUGGGGAGGCUAUUUUACUUUGAGCAAGAUCGCCAAUUCUCUCACUUUGUACAUUCUGAUAUUUUCUGUUAA